AUGCAAGCUCCGGUGCUGGUUAUGAACACGCAGAACGGGGAGAGACAGACGGGAAGGAAAGCGCAGCUGUCAAACAUUGCCGCGGCCAAGACCGUCGCCGACAUCAUCCGGUCGUGUCUCGGUCCCAAGGCCAUGCUCAAGAUGCUGCUCGAUCCCAUGGGCGGCAUCGUCCUCACCAACGACGGACACGCAAUCCUGCGAGAGAUUGAGGUCUCGCACCCCGCCGCGAAGAGCAUGAUCGAGCUCAGUCGCACCCAGGACGAGGAGGUCGGCGAUGGCACUACGACAGUCAUCAUCUUGGCCGGUGAAAUCCUCGCCCAGGCCCUCCCGCAGCUCGAGCGCAACAUCCACCCCGUCGUCAUCAUCUCCGCCUUCAAGCGCGCCCUCCAGGACGCUCUCGACAUCAUCGACGACGUCUCGCUCCCCAUCGACGUCGACGACGACAAGGCCAUGAGCCAGCUCAUCUCCUCCUCCAUCGGCACCAAGUUCGUCUCCCGCUGGAUGGACCAGAUGUGCAGCCUCGCCCUCAAGGCCGUGCGCACCGUCACCUGGGACUCGGGCAGCGGCAAGACCGAGGUCGACAUCAAGCGCUACGCCCGCAUCGAAAAGGUGCCCGGCGGCGAGAUCGAGGACAGCCAGGUGCUGGACGGCCUCAUGCUGAACAAGGACAUCACCCACCCCAAGAUGCGGCGGCGUAUCGAGAACCCGCGCAUCGUCCUCCUCGACUGCCCCCUCGAGUAUAAAAAGGGCGAGUCCCAGACCAACAUCGAAAUCACCAAGGAGGAGGACUGGAAUCGAAUCCUGCAGAUCGAGGAGGAGCAGAUCAAGAUGAUGUGUGACGCCAUCGCCGCCGUCAAGCCCGACCUCGUCAUCACGGAAAAGGGCGUCUCCGACCUGGCCCAGCACUUCUUCGUCAAGGCCAACAUCACAGCCCUGCGCCGCGUUCGCAAGACGGACAACAACAGGAUAGCGCGGGCGACGGGGGCGACCAUCGUCAACCGGGUCGAGGACCUCCAGCAGUCCGACGUCGGCACCCGGUGCGGCCUGUUCGAGAUCGAGAAGAUCGGCGACGAGUACUUCACCUUCCUCACCCGCUGCAAGGACCCCAAGGCCUGCACCGUGCUCCUCCGCGGGCCCUCCAAGGACGUGCUCAACGAGGUGGAGCGGAACCUGCAGGACGCCAUGGGCGUGGCCCGGAACGUCAUGUUCCACCCGCGCCUGUCGCCCGGCGGCGGCGCCACCGAGAUGGCCGUGUCCGUCAGGCUCGCGCAAAAGGCCAAGAGCAUCGAGGGCGUCCAGCAGUGGCCCUACAAGGCCGUCGCCGACGCCAUGGAGGUGAUCCCGCGCACGCUCGUCCAGAACGCCGGCAAGAGCCCGGUGCGGGUGCUGACGGACCUGCGAGCCAAGCAGGCCGACGGCAAGAGCACCUGGGGCGUCAACGGCGACGCCGGCACCAUCGUCGACAUGAAGGAGUACGGCGUGUGGGAGCCCGAGGCCAUCAAGCUCCAGAGCAUCAAGACGGCCAUCGAGGCUGCCUGCUUGCUGCUAAGAGUGGACGACAUCUGCAGUGCCAAGAAGGCGCAGCAGAUCGGAGGAGGCGCCGGGGGAGGCGAUGAUUAG